GAAAUUAAUUCUCAAUAGCAAAAUUCAUUCUUAAAUUCCUUCUGUAAUUUUUUGAUUUCAAAACACAGUUGACACAAAACACACCUGAUUGGUAACUUACCCUCCGCAGGGUACACCACAUGAGGUUUAAAGAGAGGAACAGCAUAUCCUUCAGCUCUGGAAAACACAAUAAAAAGAGAAUGUCAGAGGACAUAUAAUUAUAUCAUAAUCGCAUUUAAACAGUAGAUGUGCCAGGUGGGAUUAGGCUAGAUUUAGAAAGUAGCCUACUGUUUGGAUAAAAAAGGUAAUCCGAGUAUUGCAACCACAUUUUGGUAAUAAUUACCAACAGACUUUAGACUCAGAGCAUUACAGAAAAAACGUUUUGCCUGAUAGUACUUUGUAGUUCUCUGAGGAGAAGGAUGUGCAUGGAUUUGGGUGAUUCUGAAUAACUUGUAUUGAAUAACUUGGAUCUUUUCUGCAUCACAGAAUUUCCAACAAGGCUCAUCAUUUACUUCAUACUGCUGAUUGUCUGGUAUUGGGAGUGCAUGAGGUGGUCAACAGGAGGAAUCCAGAAUACAAAACAUCCCAACUUUUUUAGAAACAGGGGAGUUUGGUGUUGAAGAGAAUUUGAAGAUCAAAAGAUCUAGCGUGUGCUUAAUCUGCAGAAACGUCAUGGCUGUAGAGAAAGGAACAUGCACACUGUUGAUUUUCUGCAUCACCACCAUCCUCCACACUGGUGUGAGAGGAUACUGGGACAGAUAUAGGUAUAGAGCUGCUGGAGGGCAUGUGUUGCUGCCUUGUGCUGACAUGUGUAUAUCAGACUGCCAUAAUACCGUUUGGACCUACAGCAACUCACAAGGGCAAAAAUAUGAAGUGAUGACUUUUGGGAAGGUCCGAACAGACAACACAAAGAGAGCUGAGAGAAUGAGCCCUGACUUCUGCUGCAGACUGAAUAUUGUUAAUGUCACCGCUGAGGAUGCUGGAGAAUACUACUGUGGACCAGGGGCUGGAGAGGUUUAUCUCCAUGUCCUAGAAAUCUCUGAACCCCCAUCAAUAUCUAACAAUGGGACGGACGGUGAUGUCACUCUCUCCUGCAUCUUGCACACCCAUGAGGGCUGUGAAAAAGUGUCUUCUACUAACAGGAUUCAUCUGAGCUGGAUAGAUGAGGAAGCCUCCACACUGCAAGAAAAUGCUGACCAUCAGAUCCAAAACAUAUCUACCUGUCACACCACACUCAAAGAGUCGCACCUUCACCAAAGGGAGAAGACAUGGAGAUGCCAACUGACCACCAGAUGGCAUAAUAUUACAGCCACGUACACAAAGUUUGAUCCAACCGGAGGAUUGGAACUUAUGACGGAAUCUGAUAAAAUGGGAAAAACAAGAAAGUGAUCUCCAGUACAUCUUAAGAGCCUCUUGAAGCCAUUCAACCUCAGGUUUUGGAAUAACAUCACUUCCCUUCUACAUAAUCAUAGCAUUUUUGGAGAUUCAAUUACAAUAGCCUACUCAUAGUUUGUUUUAAUGAGUUAUAUACAUGGACGCUACAGUGUGUAGGAUUUAAGGCAAAAUAGAAAUAGAAUAUUCAACAGUUUUCAUUAGUUUAUAAGACUAAUUGCUGUUGUCACCAGCUCAGAAUGAGCAGGUGCCCCCACCAUGUUGCGCCGGCACCUUGCAAGUUGCAACAGUAGCCCAGAAAGGUCAAACCAAAACAUUGGCUCAAGAGAGGGCAGACAGUAUUCUUAUGGCACUUGACAACCACUGUAUUUCUCCUGCAUGCUUUGAGAUGGAGUAGUAUUCAGUUAGUUGCAAUCAAUUCAUCGAUCUCACCACUAGAGGCUAUGCACACUGCUUUACUUCAUGGGCCUUCAGUAUUUCACAAGAAGAUAAUUACUGACUCUAUUUAGUCCUAUUUACAAUAUACUAAUUCUGCAUUUUCCAUUCUGAUACUGAACUACUGAUACAUUAUGCUCUGAACAACUGAUAGUUUUCAUUAGCCUGAUCAUCCUACAUGACUUUUAGCACUUUUACAUCCCUCUCCCUAUGCUACAGACCUUUUAUUUAUUUUCUUAUUUCAUCA